GCCAUAUUCUCACGCUUCUUUCGCAACAUGGACGUCCCUCAGACCGAAUUCGCUGUCACCUUUGUCAGGCACGGAGAGAGUACAGAUAAUCUCAAAUCUAUCUGGGCAGGGUGGAAGGAUGCUGGAUUGAGCGUGCAUGGUUUCAACCAAGCGGAGGCAUCCGGAGCGUCCCACGCAAACAUCAAGAUUCAUACCAUUUUCUCCUCUCCCCUUGAACGAGCUCAUACCACGGCGCUUCAGGUUCUAAAGCAUCAGCGCGAACCAAAGCCUCCGCUCAUUCUCACACCUUUGCUUCGGGAGCAGCAUUUUGGAAUAGCAGAGGGUCAAAAAAUAUCGUACAAACGCACCACCACGCUUGGAAAUGGCAGUUCAGAAUUUUCUCCACUUGAAGACCGUACGUCCAAGUUUCCCCAAGGAGAGUCGGCCGAGGACGUAGCUAUCAGAGCUGAUAACUUCAUUGAUGAGUUUUUCUACCCUCUCAUGGAGGAUAUCUCGACUUUAAGGUCCUCAGAGGAUCAGCCCCAGGCUCGAAUUCACAUCUACGUUGUCAGCCACGGGAUUGCCAUCUCGGAGCUUGUAGCCGCCUUCUUAAGACGUGACCGCCAUGCUGACACAGCACAAAGCCAGGCUUGGCGUGGACUCCGGAAUACAGGAUGGACGAGAAUCCUUGUCGGACUUGACCCGACGGCAAACGAGUCAUUUAGUACUGCUCCAUCGAUGACGACGGUAGAAUCUACGCCCUCGGAUGUUCAUUCCAUUCCCGAAGAGAAUGCGACUCAAACGGGACCAGCGACAUCCGCCAAACCAAACAUAAUUGUUCGCAUAACACAUGUGAAUCAAUCCUCCCAUCUGAAUAAUCUUAAGCGUCAGAAAGGCAUCGGCUCAUCAACAUAUGACCAGAACCAAAAACCUAUAACGGAUUUCUUCAGCGGUGGGUCACUUGCGAAGAGCCAGUCAUGAGUCGUGCGUGAUCCACGAUAUGCUCGAUAGCCUCUGCUAUCAAUCUUCAAUCAAUUUCGCAGGCGGUAACGCAAACCAAUGACAAUGUAUAUAUCCUUUGUAAGCACCACCAUUGGAUUGAUGUGCCAUCGCAAUACUAGGUG